AUGGGGAAGCAGACGUUUACACUACUCGACUAUUGUGGACCACUGAUUGUUGGAGCCGUUUUCGCUUCAAUAUUAUUCAUUUUAUCUUUGAUGAUGAACUUCAUAUUCAUUCGUAAACGGGACGAAAUCACCUCCUUUGAGAAACUUGGCGCAAAGUACAAUCUACGAGUCGGUCCCCAUCGAGUAUCCGUCGUCAAGCGUUACGUGGAACGUCCACCAUUAUUGGAAGAAUAG